AUCUUUUACUUUAAAAAUUUUUGUUUUUCACCUAAAUCUCAAGUGACUAGUAAUAGUAGAAACUGAAAGCUCUAUGUAUCCACAUGGUAGAUGGAUUUUUGACUAGUCCCAUGUGGGCCAUUCAUGCUACCUACCCAUCAAUGAACUGGAAGAAUUUUCUUAACCUCUCUCAGAGGGUGGGGUGUUCUGUCUCCACAGUAGGUCGGUGCUGGUCCUCGCCCCAGUAAGGACAGCUUCACUUUAAGGAAUCUUCCUCUAUUGAGGGCAGAAGUGAGAACACCAAGCUUUCUUUAUGUAGGCUCUCAAGCUGUACUUGAACCCAUACUUAGGCCAAUGGAAAGAUUAUGCCAGCAUCUACAUUUGACAUGGAUAAGUUAAAAUCUACACUCAAACAGUUUGUAAGAGACUGGAGUGGAACCGGAAAAGCAGAAAGGGAUGCCUGCUAUAAGCCAAUCAUUAAAGAGAUUAUCAAAAAUUUUCCAAAAGAGAGAUGGGAUCCUUCUAAAGUAAAUAUUCUGGUACCUGGUGCUGGACUAGGAAGAUUGGCCUGGGAAAUAGCUAUGCUAGGUUAUGCUUGUCAAGGAAAUGAAUGGAGUUUUUUUAUGCUCUUUUCUUCCAACUUUGUACUCAACAGAUGUUCUGAAGUUGACAAAUAUAAACUUUAUCCCUGGAUCCAUCAGUUUAGCAAUAAUCGGAGAUCAGCUGAUCAGAUUCGACCCAUUUUUUUCCCUGAUGUUGACCCCCACAGUCUUCCUCCUGGUUCUAACUUUUCGAUGACAGCAGGAGACUUUCAGGAGAUUUACUCAGAAUGCAAUACCUGGGACUGUAUUGCCACCUGUUUCUUCAUAGACACAGCUCACAAUGUCAUUGAUUAUAUUGAUACGAUAUGGAGAAUACUCAAGCCAGGUGGAAUUUGGAUAAAUCUUGGUCCUCUACUCUACCACUUUGAAAACCUGGCAAAUGAACUGUCUAUAGAAUUGAGCUAUGAGGAUAUUAAAAACGUUGUUCUGCAGUAUGGAUUCCAGCUAGAGGUGGAGAAAGAAUCCGUACUGUCAACAUAUACUGUGAAUGACCUCUCCAUGAUGAAGUACUACUAUGAGUGUGUUUUGUUUGUGGUCCGGAAGCCACAAUAAUGGUCUUAAGUGGUAUUACCCAGAAAACAUUUAAUAAGCAUAAAUGCUGAAAUAAACAACUUACAGUCAACUGUCGGUGACAACAGGACACAACCUCAGAUCAGUGGUGCCUUCUUAUUCCUACAAAAUCUAAAAUAGUGUCUAUUUUCUUAAUGAUGUCUAUUGCUUUUUUCAGAAAUAUACUAUACCAUGCAAAUUUAUAUCACACAAGUAAAAAAAAAAAAAUGAAGAAAAGCAGAUAGGAACUAUCUUCAAAUACUUUUUUCUUUGAAGCCCAGAAUUAUCUUUAAGAGAAUAAACAUAAACUCCAGUUUUCAUGAAGCAGUUGCAAGUCUGCCAUAUUAAUGAAUGACUGACUGACAGUACUAAAACCCACAAUGGUCUCCUUUUUUGCAUUUAGCAUUGCCUGUGUUACUUUUUAAAGGAUCUUCUGUCAUAUUUAGCAUCUGGAACUGGAACUCUUGUUCUCACUGGACCUAAGUAUACUUAGAGAAUUUGAAACUGUUCUUUCAUCAUUCAGAUUAGGUUUUUUAGCUCAGCUGUAUUUAGAAAGCAUCAAACAUGUUGUAUAUGAAAUGCUAAAUCGGUUGUUAGCAUCAAACAUGUCAUAUAUGAAAUCUAAAUCGGUUGUAGUGCAGGUUAAAAUUCAUGAGCUACAGUAACAGACAAAGUCUCUGUCCACGUUAAACUGAAACUUAUGUUAAUUCCUGGAUCCUUUUGAAAUGUAUAGAUAUAAAUAUUCAGAGGCCCAAAAGUUUCUUUUUUUAAAGCAGUGUUAAGAAACUGGAAAAAUCAGAAUAAAAUCUUCCCAUCUGAAAUACAUAACUUUGAAUUAGAAAUUAAUUACAAAGCUUGUCAGUGUGAAGUUUACAAUGGUGUCUUUAUAAAGUAUGUGGCUUAUGAAAGCAAGCACUUUCUAGGUAACAUGUAUCUAGUGAAAAUUAUCAUAGAAUUAAUGUGAGACAUUCUGAGUAUGAAAUUCAGGGAUAAAUUAAUGCCUGUGGUCUGUGUCUUUGGUAUCCUAGGCAGCAGCCAUUCAUGGAAUUUCAGAUUAAUACUGAUUUUGCCCCCUGCUAAGAGUUGGAGUUGAGACAGUGCAUGCUGCUUUAAUUUUCUACCUCUAGGGAGGCCUGACCAGAGGGAGUUUUAGUUUUAAUGUUUGUUACUCCAUUUCCACUCGCUAGGAAAGUAGAGGCGGACAGUGUUUUAAUGUAGUUGUACAAGAAAAGGAAGUCCCUGCAGGGUGUUUCACAGAUGUGUUCUCUGUGACAUGCAGAUUAGGGUUUCUAUGUACUGGUGACAUAACUGCCUGUCACCGUGCGAACGUUAGUGGGCAGCCUUACUGCCAUCUUUGAGACUGGAUUGUCUAGGUUUGGGAGUCUGCAGGAUUGGUUGUCUCUCUAGUUGGGAGAGUUUACACAGUGUGGGACGCCUGUCCUCUGUCCUGCCAUUAUGCAGUCCAUGGCUCCACGGAGCAACCUUUACUUCUUAGGCUGUGUAAAUCCACAGUCUGGUUUUCUUUUAAAAUCGUGUCUUGCUCUUCCGUUGCGCACUACCUUACAGAUGCUCAUUUGGUGGGAAUUCUUACCACCAUGUACAAGGGGGAGGUAGCUCUCAGAAUUAUUUUUUUAGGGGAAAAAACUAACCUAAAAGAAAUGUAUUUUAAAAGAUAUCCAGUGACUAGCAAGAAAUGCAUGCUUUUUGAGUUGUUAUUUAGGAAUGCUUUUAUUCAUUGAAGUGGUUUUUUGUUUGUUUUGUUUUGGUUUUUUUUUUUUUUUACAAAAGAACAGACUGACACCAGAGGGUUGGUUUUGUUACCUAAGAAUUUUUUUCUGUUAUGUUUUACUCUUUAAUAUUAUUACAUUUCUAAAUUAUGUAUUUUACUUAACUCAGAAAUCCAUUAUUUUUUCCUUCAUAUCAUGAAUAUUUUAAAAAUAUACCUUAUAAAUUUGCAUCACUUUUUCUCUUGUGGUUUUUGAAGUUAAUAUAUUCUAAACUUGAAGAUAUGGUAUAAAUCAAUAAUAGAAGUAUCACUGGAGUUUAAUUUUGUAUUUUUUAUAUUUAGGUCUAGGUAUUGGGAGUGUGUAAGCCUUGAAAUUUUAAAUUUUUUUCUUAAAUUAGUGCUAUACACGAAUGUUCUCAUUUUCAUAAGGUGAUCAUGUGCUUACUGUUUUUAAAUUUACAUUUUCUGAGGUGGUGAAUAUUUAGGUUCUAAUCAGUGAGCAAGAUAGGGCAUAUAAAAUACACAGGGAGGCUACAGAACUCACAGUAUGAAAUGAUCACAUUUGGGAACUGUAAAGUGUAUGAGAUUUAUAUGUAAUUCACAUUCUAAACGUCGCCAGAAAGGUUGGAUUGGAAGCUUCAUGUCUGCAUGAAAUUUCCUAUAUUUUUAAUGUGUAUAUGGACUUAAUUUUCCUUUAAAUAUUAAAGUCUACCAAUUGCUAUAACA